GGUUUCCUAGAGAAGUGAACCUUUCGGCGUCAUGGCGGAGGCCGGUUCUCGGAAGAUCCUGGAUUGAGAUGCCAGCUUUCUACAAUCGCAGUGACCGACGAGCAUAAGACUUUGCUUACAUCAAAAACCGGGAAAGGGGAUUUACUUGAUUUUUGGAGGGAGAGUAAAACCAACAUUGUGCCAGAUUUACCGAAGUGAGUCGUUCGGGGCUGCUCUCCCUAACUGGGAGAAAGCUGGCUAGCUAGCAAGCUAGCGUAAGGUAGCGCUAGCUAUCAGCGCCAGCUAACGCUAGCUCACUAGCUGAAUAAAAGAAGAAAGGACCUCUGAAGUGGAAAGGCUCAUUUAGACAACUGUUUUAUUGGAAUUUUCACAGUUUUCCACGUGGAACAGGUUGUUAGGGUGAAAGGAUCUCUUUUGACUUCACCAUGGCUGGACGUGGUGAAGAUGAAAGUGUAAGCAACAGCAGUGGCGAAUCAAGUAAUUCUGAUGAUGAAUCGGCUUCUGGAUCGGGAUCACCAUCAGGGUCCGGCUCAGGCUCCAGUUCCAGCUCCUCUAGCAGCAGCAGCCAAUCAGGGAGCAGUGACUCAGGUAGUGGCUCAGACUCUGGCAGCCAGUCAGAUUCUGAAUCCAAGGAAAAGAUGGAACAGCCAAAUAAGUCAAACAUCGACGGAGCUGAGUUCUGGAAAUCUAAUCCAAGCAUUCUAGCAGUGCAAAGAUCUGCUAUGCUCAGGAAACAACAGUUGCAGCAACAACAGCAACAGAGACAAAGCUCGUCAAACAGUGGAUCUGAUGAGGACUCAUCAAGUAGUGAUGAAUCUGACUCAUCGAGUGGGUCCAAAAAAAGAAGAAAUUCAGGCUCCUCUGACUCUGGAUCGGGUUCUGGAUCUGGUAGUGGUUCUGGAUCAGACUCGUCAGCAGAAGACAACAGUGAUGAAACAGCAUCAGACUAUGAACCCAGUCACAAAAUCAAAAGUAGAAAGCCCCCAACCAAGAUGAAUUUUCGGAAUGGGAAGAAAAGCAGUACCCAGAGGAAGAAAGUCCAAAAGUGUUCUUCUUCUGAGGAUGAGGAUGACAAUUACAAGAAGGUGGCAUCUGCUGGACCACGGCGGCAGGCCACAGUCAACAUCAGCUAUAAGGAGGAUGAGGAGCUGAAGACUGAUUCAGAUGACCUGGUGGAAGUUCUGGGUGAAGAUGUCCCUCAGCCGGAGGAAGAUGAGUUUGAAACACUGGAGAGAGUUAUGGAUAGCAGGAUAGGAAGGAAAAGAGCAACAGGAAGUGCAACCACUGUAUAUGCUGUAGAAGCAGAUGGAGAUCCCAAUAACAACUUCAAUCCCAAUAAAGAGGCGGGUGAGAUCCAGUAUUUGAUAAAGUGGAAGAAUUGGGCGCAUAUCCACAACACUUGGGAGACAGAGGAGACGCUUAAGUUACAGAAUGUCAAGGGCAUGAAGAAAUUGGACAAUUUCAAGAAAAAGGACAUGGAGAAAAAGAAAUGGUUAAAGGCGGCUUCACCUGAGGAUAUAGAGUAUCUCAAUUGUCAAGAAGAAUUGAUGGAUGACCUGCACUCUCAGUACCAGCUUGUAGAGCGAAUCAUAGGACAUUCAAACCAGAAAUCGGCGGCCGGUUACCCAGACUACUUGUGCAAAUGGCAGGGUUUACCGUACUCGGAGUGUAGCUGGGAAGAUGGUGCUCUGAUUGCCAAAAAGUUCCAGAAAUGCAUCGAUGACUACAUGAGCAGAAAUCAGUCCAAGACCAUUCCAUCCAGAGACUGCAAGGUGCUGAAACAGAGACCCAGGUUUGUGCCCAUGAAAAAGCAGCCUGCGUACAUAGGAGGUGAUGGACUAGAACUCCGAGACUACCAGUUGGACAGUUUAAACUGGAUGGCCCAUUCCUGGUGCAAAGGCAACAGUUGCAUCCUUGCUGAUGAAAUGGGUUUAGGGAAGACCAUCCAGACCAUCAGCUUCCUCAACUACAUGUUUAAUGAACACCAACUGUACGGGCCAUUUUUGCUGGUUGUGCCUCUCUCUACACUAACCUCCUGGCAGAGAGAAAUCCACCUCUGGGCCCCCCAGAUGAAUGUUGUGGUCUACCUGGGAGACAUCAGCAGCAGGAAUAUGAUCAGGACACAUGAGUGGAUGCAUGUCCAUAGCAAGAGAAUGAAAUUUAACAUCCUCCUCACAACAUACGAGAUUCUUCUCAAAGACAAGUCCUUUUUGGGCAGUGUUAACUGGGCCUUCAUUGGUGUGGAUGAAGCGCACAGACUGAAGAACGAUGACUCCCUUCUCUACAAGACCAUGAUCGACUUCAAGUCCAAUCACAGGCUUCUGAUCACAGGAACGCCACUGCAGAACUCUCUGAAAGAACUCUGGUCCCUGCUGCACUUUAUUAUGCCUGAGAAGUUUCACUCUUGGGAGCUGUUUGAAGAGGAGCAUGGUAAAGGCAGGGACUCUGGCUACACCAGUCUUCAUAAAGAGCUGGAACCUUUUCUACUGCGCAGAGUCAAGAAGGACGUGGAAAAAUCCCUUCCUGCCAAAGUGGAGCAGAUCCUCAGAGUAGAGAUGAGUGCUAUACAGAAACAGUAUUACAAAUGGAUCCUGACCAGGAACUACAAGGCCCUGAGUAAAGGUAACAAAGGCAGCACGUCGGGCUUCCUGAACAUCAUGAUGGAGCUGAAGAAGUGUUGUAACCAUUGCUACCUUAUCAAGCCCCCAGAGGACAACGAAUUCUUAAACAAAGCGGAAUUUUUACAGCAAUUGAUCCGCAGCAGCGGGAAGCUAGUUCUGUUGGACAAACUGCUGGUGCGGUUGAAAGAGCGAGGCCACAGAGUUCUCAUCUUCUCCCAGAUGGUGCGGAUGUUGGAUAUCCUGGCUGAUUACCUGAGGAGCAGGCAGUUCCUCUUUCAGAGAUUAGAUGGCUCAAUCAAAGGGGAGAUGAGGAAGCAGGCAUUGGAUCAUUUUAAUGCGGACGGCUCUGAGGAUUUCUGCUUCUUGUUAUCGACACGUGCGGGUGGUCUCGGUAUCAAUCUGGCAUCAGCUGACACGGUAGUCAUCUUUGACUCAGACUGGAAUCCCCAGAAUGACCUGCAGGCCCAGGCCAGAGCCCACAGGAUUGGACAGAAAAGACAGGUAAACAUCUACCGUCUGGUGACAAAGGGCUCAGUGGAAGAAGAUAUCAUUGAGAGGGCAAAGAAGAAAAUGGUGCUGGACCACCUUGUCAUUCAGAGGAUGGACACCACAGGAAAAACUGUCCUCCAUACCGGUGCUGCUCCCUCCAGUUCCGCGCCAUUCAACAAGGAGGAGCUGUCGGCCAUCCUAAAGUUUGGUGCAGAGGAGCUUUUCAAAGAGCAAGAGGGGGAGGAGCAGGAGCCACAGGAAAUGGAUAUUGAUGAGAUCCUCAAACGGGCAGAGACCAGGGAGAAUGACCCUGGACCCUCCACUGUGGGAGAAGAACUUCUGUCUCAGUUCAAGGUUGCAAAUUUUUCCAUGAUGGAGGAUGAAGAAAUAGACAUUGACUCUGAGCGUAGUCAUCGCAGUUGGGAUGACAUCAUUCCUGAGGUGCAGAGGAGGAGGAUGGAGGAAGAGGAGAGACAAAAGGAACUUGAGGAAAUCUAUUUGCUGCCACGCAUGAGAAACUGUGCCAAACAGAUAAGCUUUAAUGCGAGUGAGGGCCGUCAGAGCAGGAACAGGAGGUACUCUGGGUCCGACAGUGACUCCCCCUCAGACAGAAAGAGGCCAAAGAAACGAGGACGUCCUCGGACCAUUCCACGAGAAAAUAUCAAGGGCUUCAGUGAUGCAGAGAUCCGAAGGUUUGUCAAGAGUUACAAAAAAUUUGGAGGACCACUGGAAAGGUUGGAUGCUAUUGCUCGUGAUGCUGAACUUGUGGAUAAGUCUGAACAUGACCUCAAGCGCUUGGCAGAGACGGUUCACAAUGGCUGUGUUAGAACGCUUAGAGAAAACCCUUGUGGACCAGAGAAGACCUCAGGAGGCAGAAGAGGCAAGGUGAAAGGCCCUACAUUCAGGAUCUCUGGAGUCCAGGUUAAUGCCAAGCUUGUUAUAUCCCAUGAGGAAGAACUGGCUCCACUCCACAAAGCCAUUCCUGCUGACCCUGAGGAGAGAAAGAAGUAUAUGAUUCCUUGCCACUCAAAGGCAGCACACUUUGACAUUGAGUGGGGGAAGGAGGAUGACUCUAGCCUCCUCAUAGGAAUCUAUGAGUAUGGUUAUGGCAGCUGGGAGAUGAUAAAGAUGGACCCCGACCUCAAUCUCACACAUAAGCUCCUACCAGACGACCCUGACAAGAAGCCACAGGCCAAACAGUUACAGACCAGAGCAGACUACCUCAUCAAGUUGCUGAGCAAGGACCUGGCCAAAAAGGAAGCACAGAAACAAGCAGGGACAGCCAAUUCAAGGAAGAGGAAACCAAGAAGUAAAAAGAGCAAAACUCUGAAACCAACUAAGACGGAUGAGGUGAUGAAAAACAUGUCCUCAGAUCCCUCAUCCGACAAAAGGUCUGAUGAUGACGAUGAAAUUGAGGAAGAAAAGGCUGUGGUACCAGUGAAGGCACUAAGUAGACGGGGUCGAGCCGACAGGCAGGAGGAGGACGAAGCAGAUGAUGAGCCUGAGCAGGAGGAGCUUUCUUCAUCACUGGAGAGGGAGGUUAAAGGAAAAGAGAUAAAAAAAGAAAGCAAAAAGGAAAAAAAGGAGGAAAGUUGGGACAUUAAAGAGACCAGGGAGCCAAAAGAGAAAAAGGAAACAAGGCCUCUGGAGGCAGUACAUAAACAAGAGGAGAGCAUGGAAAAGAAUGAAGUCAAGACUGAGGUACGAGAACGAGCAAAGAAAGCUUCUGAUAUGCCGGUCCAUAUCACAGUAAGUGGAGAGAAUGCGCCAGUAUCUGAGGAGUCUGAGGAACUGGACCAGAGGACCUUCAGUGUGUGUAAAGAGAGGAUGCGGCCGGUUAAAGCAGCCCUGAAGCAGUUGGACAGGCCAGAGAAAGGGCUGUCAGAGCGCGAGCAGCUUGAACAUACAAGACAGUGCCUCAUAAAGAUCGGAGACCAUAUUACAGAGUGUCUUAAGGAAUAUUCAAAUCCUGACCAGAUCAAACAGUGGAGAAAAAACCUGUGGAUAUUUGUUUCAAAAUUCACUGAGUUUGAUGCCAGGAAGCUACAUAAACUAUAUAAGCAUGCAAUCAAGAAAAGACAAGAGAAUGCACAGGCAAUGGAGAACACUAGAAAUCUAAACGCCCAUGGCUAUAAACAUGCAGACAUUGAAAGGCUGAAGGACAACUCACACCAGGAUGAGAGCAGCAGGGACAGCUGCAGCUCAGACAGGCAUCAGCCUUCAGGUCGCUACCAUGAGAGCAGUAAGGAGAGACACAGCUCAGAAUCCUACAGGAAGACCACAGGAGCAGAAUCGAGGAAGAGACCGUACUCCUCCUUCAGCAAUGGCAAAGACCACCGAGACAGAGAUCACUACAGACCAGACAGCAGAGACAGACAGGACAGAUACUACAAUGACAGUAAGCACAGGAAGCUCGAGGAUUUCCGCUCCAGCAGAGAUCGGCCGGACAUGAAGGAUCAUUCCCAUUCAGACCACCGCUCAUCCUAUCGCUACCACUCGGAGUGGCAAGCAGAGCAGCGAGCCUCAGCCAGCGGGCCCCGCUCUCCCAGAGACCAGCGCUCACCCUACGACUCUCGCUCACCCAUGGGACACCGCUCACCUUUCGAUUACUCGUCAGACCAUAAAAGCACACCAGAGCAGAUCUGGACCAGCCGCAAGACAUAACAGGAGCUACCCGGGUCUGCUAUUAGCGACCAUAGACUCAGCAACACAGCAAAUGCCUUACAGGGACUGUGGACUGUAUCCUAAAGCUGUUCAGAAGCACUGUGUAUCAGUCAGUUCAUGGCUGUCAUCUCCUCACUUCAGCUGCAGCUGAUCUCUGGAACCUGGGAGAUGAGCACCAGGGAGCGGCUCAAACCCGUCAGCAGAUAAUAAAAAUCAAAGAAUAUUUUUGUAUUUAAGAGUUUAAAACUGCAUCGUUGUGUUGGCUCAACAGCAUGCAGUACAAUUUGUUGUUAUUUUUAUAAACUUUAUUUUUUAUCUUAAACGGACACAAUUGACCCUGAGUGCUGCCUCAUAUUCCCACCAACCCAUGACACUGGAUCCUGCAUUUGACUGUUUCUUUAUGUUUGUCUGUCUGUGUGUCUGUCAAUCUCACUCUGUCUCUCUAUCAUGCUUUAUGUGAUUAUCUACCUUAAUUUAAGUGUUAACUUGAUGAGAAGUCAGUUGUCACAUGAAUCAUGUUAAAAGUUGAUGUAAGGGGGUUUUGUUGAAUCCAGUCUGGGCUCAGGCUCACCACCAUUAGUACCUCAUUUAUACAUUUACAGCAUUUCUCAUUUCUUCAGCAGGUUUUUUUUUUCCACCGGGUGUGGAUUAUUUAAUAUCAUGUUUGUUGUUAAAAAACAACAAUUAGAUUUUCUGUUUUUUUUUUCUUCAUGUUGUUUUAACUUCACUAAUACUAUUGUAAAUUUUUGUAAAGAAGUAAAUCAGUGGUCUUUUCCUCAGGCUUUUGGGAUUUAUUAUGACUCUACUUUUCCCGAUCAACUCAGGCUCUAUUGUUGUCCUACAAGUGAGUUUCUGUAUAAUAGUUCUUUUAAUGAUAAUGCUUUCAGAAUGUAAUUUUUGGUAAAGGGAAAGUUCAUUAACGAUACUCGGUUUUAUUCACUAGUUCUCAGUUCUUUUGCCUCAGUGUGGAAAUCAGUGAGUUAAAAAGAACUGACUUCUAAAAUCACAGUCUGAAAAAAGACAAUUGUCUUUUGAUAGAAGCACCCGUUAGAUCUAAAAUAAACUAGACUGUUUACAUUUUUUUUUUCUUUACCUUUCCUUUUCUAUUCUACGUAGGCAAUAAUGUCAAUGUUUCUAUGCAGCCAAGUAUAUUUGUGGUGAACCACCCAACUGAAUGAAGUCACUGUUACGGUUCACAUUGUUGUACAUACAUUUCCUUUAUAUUUCCAAAUGAAUUUACACUGAAAGUGCAUGAAUUUUUAUGAACUGUUUUAUAUAGUUGUUUAUGAAGCCAUUAAAAACAAUUACUGUACUCACGUGUACCAACUCUA